AUGGCUGCCUCCUCAUCGUCACCUUCACCUCCGGCAACUAUGGCUGCCUCUCCCACGACUGCCUUCGAACCAGCACCCUACCGCUGUUGCAUCACCACUGUCACGUCCAACAACUCGUCCGAACAACCAGUUUCAUCUCCAUCGUCGUCUUCACCGAUCCCGUCGACCAACGGCCCAACUACACUGUCACCUCAGCCACGGCUAUUUUUCUUCUUCAUCGUCGCUGCUGCUCCACCUCCUCGUCCCAAACGACCAGCAGCUCGACCAGAUUCACGACGCACGACCAUGACUGCCCGCGUUGCUGCUGCUGCUUCAUCCAGUUUCUGUAGCGUCGCCACUGCUGCUCCUGCUACGUCCAGCCAUGGACGAGCUGCAGCGUCGCUUCUGCUGCCUUCUGCUACGUCCAUCCAUGGACGACCACCAAAGCUGCCCUCCGUCGAGCAUGUUCAGCAGUAG